AUGGAGCUCAUCCUCGAGAAGCUCAAGCUCCUGAACUACGAGACCGAGUUCUGCGCGAAGCGCAAGCCGCCGUGGCCGCGCCUGACGCGCGCGACGUUCGCGAUCGCGGAGAGUUCGUCGAGCGACCGCGACGCGCGGUUUCAUCACUACGCCGCCCUCGCCGCGUUCCUCGUCCAGCUCUGCGGGCGACGGGGCCACCUCGCGCCGGGAGAGAGCGACGACCAGAAGACGAGCGCGGCGGCGAUCCUCCACGAGUGCGCCAAGCUCGGGUUCGACCCGCCGGAGUUUUCCCCGAGCGCGCUGACGCGCGCGUCCGGGAAAGAAGCCGUGGGCGUCCUGAACGGCCUGUGCGAUCUCGCGCUCGAGCGCGCGAUGCCGCGGCUUCGACGGCCGAAGCACGCGAAGGAGGAUCCCCCGGAGAUGGCGACGUACGAGGCGCACGAGGGCGCGUUCGAGAGCGGCGGCGAGGGCGCGCGUUUGGGGAGGGGGGCGUUCGCCGACGACGACGCGGAAAACGACGACGACGACGCGAGCGACUCGGACGCGUCCGAGGAGGCGUACAUCAUCGAAGACGCGCGAGCGAUCGAGUCGCACGUGGACGCCGCGGCGUGGAAGCUCGAGCUCGAGCGCGUCGCGCCGCAGUUGCGCGUCGUCGCCGCCGCCGACGCCAAAGACUGGCGCGCGCACCUCGAGUCGGCGCGCGAACACCGGCGGAGCAUCGCGGGGACGUUCCCGGACGUGCGCGUCAUGCUCGACGGCGUCGUGAAGGACGUCGCGGGGGCGUUGGAGAAGAUCGAGACGAGGGAGGCGUACGUCAACGCGCAGCUCGCGCCGUUGGCGGACGAGUACCGGACGCGUCGAGAGAAGCUGGACGAGACGCAGCGCGCGUACGACGCGGCUUCGGAGGCGACGAGCUCGAUGACGAACGAGCUCGCGCGCCUCACGGAGGAGCUCGAAAAGGUGAAGGGCGUCAUCGAGGACCGCGGGGAGAAUAACGCGGACGCGACGCCGCUGAACACGAUGAAGGAAAACAUGGAGAAGAUGCGGGAGGAGAUCAAGGUGUUCGAAGUGCGCGUCGCGGUGUGCAGAAGCGCGCUGUUGAAGCACGAGGUGAAGAGACAGGCGGCGAUCGUCGCGGGGAAAAAGGCGGGGGGUAAGAAGAAGCGCCGACCGGGCGCGGACGACGACACGCCGUAUUGA